AUGUCACAAAACCCAGUAAUUGAAGUAAUUCGUAAAUUACAAGAACCCAUGCCGCAGUAUGUGUUGGGUCUCAUUCCUGUAAUCUUAAUAUUGGGGACAGCCCCAUUUGGAUCUUUGAUAGUCAAACUGACCUGGGUUUUUAGGUGUCUUGGUUCUCCUUUCACAGGUCUGUUUUAUCACUUUAACAUUAAAGAUGACCCGGUGGAAAUGUGUAUAUAUUGGCUCCCAGAAGAAUAUUUUGUUACAACAAAUGGAGAAAUACUUGACUUCCAACCAGUUGGCCUUCAUGUUAAAGAUAUGCUGAUUACUUCGGAGCAAAAGAAAAUUCUUAAAAACUGCACAGCAAAUUCAUCUGUGUUGGAUCGUUUGUCCUCGUUGGCAUCUGGAUAUUAUAUAACUGUUGGAAUAAUUUUAGGAAUUUCCAGUAUGGCGGGACAAUGUAUUAAUGGCAAUUGGUCCUUUUUAACUGGAUCUUUUUUAUGGAGUAUCCCGGUGAUUGUUAGGAGAACAUUUGGGACAGGGAUCCUUGUAGUCAAGGAUCCUAAAAUAGAGUUAAGGGGUCACUUAAUAAGAGUGUUAGAAGAAAAUGAAGACAUGGAAAACAUAGAAUUAGCCAUACAGGAUGAAAACUCAGUUGACAAAGAAAAUUUGGCAUGGCCUACCUCAAUCCUCCAAUCGGAUUUUUUUGUAGAUCCAAAUUUCUUACAGCAUUGUGCACUAUAUGGACAUUCAACAAUCUUGUAG